AUGGCGACUCGAACUGACAGCGAAAGCGUCAAUCGCUUCGCCAACGAUCCAUAUACCUGGGAUGGCCUCACGGGAUGGAAAAGUUACCGGACGCUGCGACCAUUUCGUGGCAUGUACUAUGAUGUGAAGAGACGACUGCCCUACUACUGGAGCGACAUUCGAGACGGCUUCAACUACCGCACAAUGGCGGGAACGAUUCGAAUCUUCUUCGUCAAUCUGCUUCCCGCGUUGGCAUUCGAAUUGGAUAUGAUGCGUCGAACGGGAUACUACUUUGGCAUCAACGAGGCGUUGUUUGCGUCUGCACUGGCAGCAUUCGUCUUCAGUCUAUUCUCAUGCCAGCCGCUGACUGUCGUCGGCAUCACGGGUCUGAUUUCACUGUUCAACUACACCAUCUACGACAUCUGCGUGGAUCAAGGAAUUCGAGACUUGUAUCCACAAGUUAUCGCGUGGGUUUCUAUAUGGGCUGCUAUCACUCACUGGAUGGCGGCUGUCUUCAACUGGUGCGACUAUAUGCGGUACAUUACCGAUUUCUCAAGCAAUUCCUUCGGUACCUAUGUCUCGAUCAUCUAUAUGAUCAAGGGCGUCGAAGAAUUGGUUGCCAAUUUUGAUGACUCGACUGCAGCAGCUGGCUAUCUUGGGGUCAUCAUUGCCCUAUGUUUCUGGGCCACCGUCUGGUGGUUGGAGAGUAUGGGUAGUACUCGUCUUCUGCGACCAUAUUGGCGAAAACUGCUCUCUGAUUAUGCCUUCCCUAUUGCCACCAUCUUCUGGACCGGCUUCUCUCACAUUCCAGGCCGCAUCAAGAACGCCGAUCUAUUAAGAAUCCCGCACACCCGCGCAUUCUACCCAAGCCAAGAUCGAGGCUGGCUAGUGGACUUCUGGAACUUGCCUGUGAAAUGGGUGUUUGUCGCCCUUCCCAUGGGAAUGUUGAUGACCCUGCUCUUCUACUACGAUCAUAACGUGAGCUCGCUCACCGCACAGGCUAAGCAGUUCCCUCUCAAGAAGCCAGCUGGAUUUCACUGGGACUUCUUCCUUCUUGGAUGCACGUGCUUCAUUGCUGGCAUCAUCGGCCUACCACUGCCCAAUGGCCUAGUACCUCAGGCGCCAGUUCACACCGACUCUCUAGUCGAAUACAGGGAUGUCUUCACCGUGACAAAGGAGAAAAGCGAAGAUCCCCCCAGCGACGAGUGGGUCACCCAUCACAACAAGAAGAUCGAAGCAGUGCAAGUACGCGAACAACGAGUCUCGCACUUCCUCAUGUUUCUCGCUCUAGUUGGGUGUAUGACCGGCCCUCUGCUGAUUGUGCUACAUACCAUGCCCCUCGGUCUAUUUGCUGGCGUCUUCUUUGUCGUUGGCUGGAGCGGUAUCCCCGGGUUCAACAUUACCCAAAACCUCCUCUAUUGCAUCAGCGAGAAGCGCUUCAUCAACCCAAGCGACCCUCGCAACACUCUGAGCAAAUGGCGAAUCUUAUACUUCACCAUGUUCCAGAUCCUCGGCGUGGGAUUUAGCGUAGCGGUCUCACAGACCAUUGCGGCCAUUGGCUUCCCCGUCAUCAUCACCGCCCUCAUUCCCUUGCGAUGGGUUGUUCUGCCAAGGAUCUUUACUGAACAUGAACUGUUGGUGCUGGAUGCUCCAACCGCGGACUCAGAUGUCGUGCUAUGCUCCAUGGGCGGUCAACCAGAGAGACCUGAAGUAUCGAUGGCACGCAAGAAGCGAGAGGAACGGAACGUCAAUGGUGAGGAGGGCAACUCGAGUUCAGCAAGCACGAAGCAUUCGCAGACACCGGGAAUGCGCUCACGGGAUGGCUUCAAGGACGAUGAGGUGAAUGCGGAAGAAGAACGGGAAAAGCGGAGAGAAAAGGAAGGCAUCAAGUCGACUCUGAAUACAGGUCAUAAUUAA